AUGCUUUCAACUAAUAACGAAGGAAGUUACUAUAGUAUUAAUCAAUUACAAACACAAUAUUAUGUAGAUAAUAAUCUUGGCUCUGCGAACGUCGAAUCGAUGAUGUGUGAUAUUCAAAAUCCAAUUAGUCCAGCAGGUUUCUUACCAACUCCAUCUACAACAGGUGUUUAUAGUCAUGCCAUGUGGUAUAUAGCUACACCAAAUUCUUCACUUGUCAAGGGAUUCUUUGGAGGAUGUACUCCUCUUGAGGCUCUUCUAGCCAGUACAUUCGAUUGUUUGUAUGAUUUGGAAUGUAUUCAAUUACUAAUCUCAUAUUUUCCAGCUCUUAAUCAACUCGAUUUCAAUUUGACUAAUUCAGUUUUAUCUUCAAAACAAGCAAAUAUAACUUUAUACGAUAAAUUUCUUAAUCUUUUUAUUGAAGAAUGGUUAACAGAAGUGAAUUAUUCAAACUAUUUUAAUGAAUGUGCACCUUUAUCAUGUUCAUAUACAACAACAGAGGUAACAGAUUUGUCUUAUGCAAUAACUGUUUUCAUCAGUUUAUAUGGUGGUCUCAUUUGUAUACUUCGGAUUGAAACAGUUACAACAAGGGUAUCAAGUCCAUCAUUAAUUACUUACAACACUUUACAAGUCUUAUAUUCGAAUACACUUCGAUGUCCUUGUUCGACGACGAUAAUACCUUAUGAAACAUUUAUAUCAUUGUCUCCAAUCUUGCAUCAAGUAUGUUCGAGUGAUUUUGUUACGGAUCGUUGGCUUUCAAUAGUAAAAAACGUAGCUGAUUGGACUUCUGAAGAUUGGCGUAACAGAGCUUACUCACAAUUUAGUUCAUUAUCUAACCUUUGUCAACUGGCUAAUAAUACGGUCAACGACGCUGUUCAUCGCUUUCUUUUACGAUCUUUAAUUGUUUCAAGUGUUCUGCCCGAAAAUGAGUUUGAUAAACAAAUAAAUGAAGAGCUCGAUCACUUUUUUAAAUCGACAAUAAAUGCUUUUGGUUCUCUUAUUGAUAUAGGACAUCUUAUUACGCAAGUAGAUCAGCCUUAUAUGGGAUCAAGAACAAACUCAUGGAAUGCUCUUCCAAAUUUAAAUCUAGUGGGAAAUAUUCGAACCAAUAAUAUAACUAAUGAACGAUCAUUACAGAGUCCUGUUGCUAUUUACCAAAUGGAUCAUGUAUGGGAUUCUCUUAUUCAUGCAUACAUCGAUUAUAUAGUACCAGGCUCAAUUGCAGAUGCAGACUGUUUUCCAAUUCUAAUGAAUUAUAUAAAAGAGAGUUUUUUUCAAAAUAUUGAAUAUCCAUCAUGGUUUGAUGUUCAUCCUCUUGUUUAUGAUCCAACAUUAAGUCGUUAUCCUCCAAAUACUUCAAUUUCAAUGAUAAUUGAAGAGAUGAUGAUUGAAAAAUGGAAUCCAUCAUAUUCAUAUAAUCAGUUUUAUAAAUUAUGUGCGCCAACUUAUUGCACUUAUUCUCAGAGGAUUCGCGCAAAUACUAUUAUUGAAGUAAUAAUAAUAUUAGUAUCCAUGAUUCGUGGUCUUACUAUCUCAUUACGUUUAAUUACACCUUGGUUCAUCAAAUUUAUGUAUUACUUAUUCUUAAGAAAUUUGGUCUUGCGUUUCUAUACCGAUGCAGUCAAUCUAAAUAUAUUUCCAUCACGAUGUUUUGGAAGUAAUGUUGAUCGAAGGAUAGCCAAAUAUCUUGGAAAGUUGACAACACGUCUUUAUAUUAUUUUAUUUAUAAUUGGUCUUGCUAUUCUCACAUUAUAUACUAUUGUUCGACCUCAAAUUAUAACAAAAACUUUUGAUAAACCAUCUUUUUAUUUGUACAAUAAACUUAAAAAAGAAUAUCAAGAUAAAUUAAAGUGUUCAUGUUCAGUAAUUGCAUCAAAAUACAAACAAUUUGUUCAAAUUGAAGCAAUUUUUCAUCAAAUUUGUACAAGUUCAUUUACUUCGGAUCAAUGGCGAAUCAAUAUAACAACUGGUCUUGUUCCUAAUCUUACUGUUUAUGAAAAGAGAGAUUAUCGUCGUUUUCUUUCUGCUCAUUUACAAUAUCUUCAAGGAUUAUGUCUAUUUUCCAUUCAAUCAGUGAACAAUUCAAUUGAACAAUUUCUGACGUCACUUUUCAUUACUUCAGAACUUUUAUCAGAAAAAGAUUUUCAUGCACGUUUUCAUUUAUUGAUCGAACAGAGUAAAUCAAGUGCACCGAAAACAUCCGCUCAUCUUUUCUUUUUAAUUCGGAGUAUCAAUCAUGGAAAUGCCAUAGUAUCGACUUAUGAAACAAAUUUUGAAUAUAUUUCGACUUGGUUUUGGAACAAUGAUUACUAUCCUUAUAUAUCUAAUCAAGCAAUAAUCUAUGAUAAUAAUUGUUCUUGUGGAUUAUAUCCAAAUUGUACUACUCAAGCAAAUUUUAUUGAAAGAAAUUCUUCUAGAAUUUCAAUAAAAGGCUUGAAAAUGGGUUGUACACCAAGUGAAUCAUUACGUUUUUCAACUCUUGAAUGUUUCUAUGAUCAAUCAUGUAUUAAUCAAAUUCAACGAUAUACCAAUUCAACGAAUAAAAUUAUUCCUCUUGAGAUAAAUAUGAGUCGAUUCUCAAUCAAUACUACUGUAGCUGAACUUAUCAAUGAUUUAUUUGUUGAACAAUGGGCAACAGCAAUAAAUUAUUCAUCCUAUUAUAAACAAUGUUUACCUUUAUUAUGUUCAUAUACUUACAUUCAAAAAUUCAAUAUACUCUAUAUAAUAACGAUUUUACUUGGUCUUCAAGGUGGUUUGACAAUUGUUCUUCAAUGGAUUUCUCCCAAAUUAGUUCGAAUUAUAGCAAAACUACAUAAAAAUCGAAAGAAACAAUUAAAUAUUAUUGAACCAUCACGUUCUUUCAAUAUGAUAACUAUUGAAAUUAAUAACAUAAAUGUUAACAAUUCUCUUUCGAAUGACGAGACAUUGCUGACAACAUUAUCGACAACAAUGACAGUCAAUAUUAUCAAAAAUAUAACAAUACCAAGCACAACAACAACAACAACAACAACUACGAUAAUAACUAGACACUUACCAAAUUGUCAAUUACAGUUCCAAGCAACAACUAGAUAUAGAAGUGGUUCGACUGCUGGUCUUAAAUCACCCGUUGCCGGUGAUUUUAAUGGUGACAGUCUACUCGAUGUUGCCUUUUUCAAUUACUAUACCAAUAGUAUGCAUGUAUUGAUUGGAGAUGGUAAAGGAAAUUAUACUGCAGAGAUGAAGACUUUGGUAGGAUCAUUCAACAGUUGGUUUUUUGUUAUUACUGCGGCUGAUUUUAAUAAAGACAAUAAACUUGAUUUUGCUUUUACCAGUGAAAAUAAGGCCUAUGUCUAUCUUCUGUUCGAACAUGGUAAUGGAACAUUUCGACCAGUAGUAUCAAUCUUCUUGGGAAACAAAACUAAUGUGAGAGAAAUUGUUGUUUUUGAUUUCAAUGGUGACAAUCAUUUAGAUAUUGCUGUCGUCCAUCCAUCGAAUAGUAUUAUUAUUGUAUUAUUAGGAAAUAAUAAUGGAUCAUUUUCAACACGGACGACAUAUUAUACAGGACGCAAUGGAAAUCCAUCGUCAGUUGCCAUCACUGACUUUAAUGGUGAUGGUUACCAAGACAUUGUUUAUAAUAAUAUUAUGUCCAGAAAUAUUGGCAUUUUAUUUGGACGUAGUAAUGGAACCUUUGAACAACAAAAGACAUCUUUCACUGAUGGUUUUUAUUAUUCAUCUUUUAUUGCUAUUGGCAAUUUCAAUAGUGAUAAUCGAUCAGAUGUCGUUGUCUCGUAUAAUUCUGGAAAUAGUUUAGGUGUUCUUUUAGGCUAUGGUAAUGGAACUAUGGGUCCAGUAGCGAAGUUCCCAGUGGGAAAUAGAACAAAUUACCCAAGAAUUGCUGUUGGUGAUUUUAACAAUGAUGGUCAUUCGGACAUUGUUGUUAAUCCCAUCUUACGCUCCGUUAUAUAUAUUCUAGUUGGAUAUGGAGAUGGAAAUUUUGAAGUACAAAUGAUAUUUUCUACAGGAUUCGUUGGUACUUAUACUUGGGUUGAUGUUGCUGAUUUUAAUAAUGAUGGUUGUCAAGAUAUACUCGCUUCGGAUGAUACAAGAGGUGCUGUAUUUAUUCUUUUGAAUACCUGUCAAUGUCAAUCAAAUCAAACCGUCGAGACAAGCACCUCGAUACAUCCCUGA